AUGGGUGAAGAUAGAGUGCAACAAGGUGCUGCACGUACAACUGAAAUGAGGAUAAAAAAACAACAGGAUGUUGAAAUAAGGUCCAAAAAGCAACAUGAUAUGCAGAAACCAGAGACCUCAAAGCGUGGGAGGGUACAAUGCAUCGACGAACCUGAAAUGCCUGCCAGAAAGAAACAGGCUAAAGCAAGCAGUGAUAAAUCUAUUACUUGUAAAAUCAGAAGACCUAAAUUGGUCAUUAAGAUAGGGGUGAAAGUUCUGGUGGAUGCCAUUGAGAAAAUGAACUCCAAACAACUAGCUGCUCUGGAAGACAUGGGUUUUGGACAGCUUGUACAUUUGAAGAUACGAUACAUUCCUGCUGACAUGGCAUUUUCACUACUGGAAAAUUUUAAUCAUGACAACUGCUCCAGAAUAAAACUUGUUGAUGAUCAACCAUUGCACAUCACUGAGGAGGAUGUGUAUGCUACUUUGGGACUGCCAAGAGGAGAGUUGAUGAUUAAAAGUCAAAAGAAGCAUGUGAUGAAUGAUGUGAUGAAGACAAUUGUAGAGGCUAAGAAUAGGAAAGCAAUAACUCCAGCUGAUUUGCAAGAGCAGCUUGAUAGUGAUCCAGAAGGUGGUGAGUGGUUUAAGAAAAUAUUUCUUAUUCUGUUGGACAAUGUUCUGAUCUCCCCAACUGCCAACGGAAAUUGUCUUGGCCGUAUCUUGGAUGAUAUUGGCAACAUUUCAAACGUGAGGCAGUACAAUUGGUGCAGCUAUGUGUUGGAUACACUAAUCACAACACAUGAUAGCUGGAAACGCAAGAACAAAUCCACUCCAUUCACUGGACCAAUCACUUUUCUAUUGGCAUGCUAUGUAGAUAGGGUUGUCUACAGAACAAGACUCGUGGUUAGAAGAUUCCCAACUGUCCGGAACUGGACAGAAUCCAUUCUUAAGGAGAGAGGACAGAUGGAAUUCGAUAAUGGAGGCACCAUUGGAAGAGGAAACAUAGAAUGUAUCAUCGAUCCUGUCUCCAUUGAAUCUUUAUAUGCCAACAAGUAUUCAAUAACUGUCAACACCUCUGUCCCUUCAACUGAUGAAGCUCCUUUACCUGAUGAAGCCCCCCCUGCUACUGAUGAAGCCCCCCUUCAAGUGAUCAAGUUCCUUCAUCUGAUGAAAUUAAAAGAUCAAUUAGGGAGGCUGCAGAUGCUGUUACUAAAAUGA